AUGUGGAGGAAGAGAACAAAAUUAGAAGAAAUUUGCUUAGUUCCAAACCUACUACUAGAUCUGGAGCAAAUAGUUUCUGAUCGAAACUUUUUUAAUUUAAUUAUGAGUAUGGAAAAUCCAAGACCAAGGAAUAUUGAAAAGGAUUUAAAAGUGUUUAAUUGGAGUGAUUUACGUAAAGCUAUUUCAAAAGUAAUGUCUAAAUAUUAUGUUGUAUUACCUAAUGAAUCUACCAACAACCCUCAACAACAACAACGACCACGACCCUCAUGGAGUACUUCUGGUGGAAGUGGAGUAUAUCCUCCGCAGCAACAACAGGCACUGCAAUCACCGCAUAUUUUGCAAUCACCCUCAAGCUCUUUACCAUCAUCUGUUCCUACUCCAUUUCAAUAUACACCAAUUCAACAACAUUUUCCUGAGUUUCAAAACCAACAAAGUCCAGGGUAUUUCCCAAGACAUGCAUCAUUACCAAAUGUAAUGCUGAUUUCUUCAACAAAUUCAACAACAUUUCCAUCAUCAAAAGAUCCUUAUAUGAAUUAUAAUAAACUAAUGGCCUUUGAUAAAUAUCAACCUCAAUUUCCACCGCCAUCUCCUCAAAAUUUAAUGAACCAUUAUGAUACAACUCCUCAUCAAGAAUAUCAGCAAACUCGUCAUAAUUCUCAACCUUUUAUACUGAAACCUACUCAGUUUAAUUCAAUUUGGCAUAUGAGAAAGAAUUCAUUACCUCAAUCAUUCCAUUCAAAUUUUUAUAUAACUCAUCAACAACAUCAACAACAGCAUCAUGAACAUCAUGAUCAUCAUCGUCAACAACAAUACCAAUAUCAACCAGGACAAGGAAAUUCUCAACCGUCACCUCAUUCAUCCAAUAAUCAUCAUUACGAUUCAAAAGUAAUGUCUCCAAUAAAUUCAGGAGAUAAUACUCCACCGGCUAAUGAUACUCAAUCUAAUGACCAAAUUUUAAAAAGGCCCUUAGACGUAACAUCUUCGUCUUUGAGUAAUAAAAUUUCUUCAAUGUUGAAUAAAUCACCAAUUAGUGAUACCAAAUCAUCCAUUAAUAAUAGUAACGAUUUACAAAAUUCAAAAUUAGAUAAUUUAUCAAAUCAAGCAAAUUUUAAAAAUACUAUUACAAAAGUUAAUCUAAAUGAUUUGAUUACACGCGAUACACUGGUUGAUAAAUUAAAUAAUGGUAUAAUAGUUAAUGAUAAGUCCAAUAAUAAUGAGUCAAGUGGUAACUCAACUAGGUUACCAUCAAUAGCACAAUUAUUAAAUAGAAACCAUAGUCAAGAUGGAACUAACAAAGAACCAGCUACUACUAUCAAUAAUAAAAAAGAGGGUUGGGGUAAUAAACAAGAAGAAGAAGAGGUUGAGGAAAGCGAUUUACCAUUAAAUAAAAAGCAAAAGAAUUCAUCAAGUGAUUGA